AUGCGAAUAUAUUUGAGAAGACUUCAAAGUACUUUUGCUGCAGCCCCUUUUAAAGAUGAAAUGCAGAAAAAUUUUAUACCAACGAACUUAUUCCAAAAAACAUUAUUAACAAUUGGUUCGGCAUCAGUAGCACUUUUAGAUCCACACAGAGGCGAUAUGAUAGCUUGCUUAGGAGAAGUGACUGGUACUGCAGCAUUAGUUAAUAUGCGAAAUAAAAUGCUCGAAACGAAUGAAGGGGCCGAAAUACUUAACGAUCAGCCACGAAUUAACUCUAAGACUGUUUGUUUCAAAACACUUUCUGAAAUGCCCAAAAACACUCUCGGUAGGGUAUACCAUGAUUUUAUGAUUGACAAUAAAAUAACAGCGGAUUCAAGAUUACCAGUACAAUUUAUUGCUGAUCCUGAUUUGGCUUAUGUUAUGCAACGUUAUAGAGAAGUUCAUGACCUUGUUCAUUCAGUAUUAUUUAUGAAGACUACUAUGCUUGGGGAAGUAACUGUGAAAUGGGUAGAAGGAAUACAAACAAAAUUACCAAUGUGCAUCGGAGGUGGUAUCUGGGGUGCUGCUAGAUUGAAACCAAAGCAUAGACAAUUGUACCUUAAUCAUUAUUUACCUUGGGCUAUUAGAACUGGAAAAAAUGCCCAGUUUUUACAAGGUAUCUAUUUUGAAAAGAGAUGGGAUCAAAAUAUUGAUGAUUUUCAUAGAGAAAUGAAUAUAGUUAAACUUAAUGUUAACUAA